GGGUCAGCAGAACCUAUGGUGCUCCCUUCACGAUGGGGGCUUGUGGCCUUGGGGCUCUGGCUGUGGAAGAACUCAGUGCAGGGAUGAGAGCUGAGAGCUAGGAUUCUCUGGGCCACACUUCGUCUCAGCAACAGAUCAACUCCUAGCAACCAUGAUCGGAUACAGCGUCUACGGCAAGAAUUUCAGCAAGCGAAGCAGGAUGAAGAUGUAGAAGAUCGGCGACGUACCUAUAGCUUUGAACAACCCUGGCCAAACUCCAGAGCGGCGGCGCAGAGCGGCCGGCACUCGGUGUCCGUGGAGGUGCAGAUGCAGCGCCAGCGGCAGGAGGAGCGCGAAGGUUUCCAGCAGGCGCAGCGCCAGUACAGCUCCCUGCCCCGGCAAAGCAGGAAAAACGCCAGCUCUGUGUCCCAGGAUUCCUGGGAGCAGAACUACCCCCCUGGGGAAGGUUUCCAGAGUGCCAAGGAGAACCCCAGGUACUCCAGCUACCAAGGCUCCAGGAACGGCUACCUGGGUGGGCACGGCUUCAACGCCAGGGUGAUGCUGGAGACCCAGGAGCUCCUUCGCCAGGAGCAGAGGAGGAAAGAGCAGCAGAUGAAGAAGCAGCCCCCUCCUCCGGAGGGGCUCAACAACUAUGACUCAUACAAGAAAGUCCAGGACCCCAGUUACACCCCUCCCAAGGGGCCCUUCCGGCAGGAUGUGCCCCCCUCCCCUUCUCAGGUCGCCAGGCUGAACAGACUCCAGACUCCUGAGAAAGGGAAACCCUUCUAUUCCUGAGCAGGAGAAGAGUGGAGGCUUCAUGUCAUGCAAUAAAGGACAUUUUCUUAUGAAGACUUGUAUUUUGGGAGUUUUUUUAAAACCUCGAUGGUACUAUGGAAUAAUAUUUCUGUUGUUGGUAUCAGUGCCUUUAAGCAGUAUGGGCAAAGAAAUGGAAGGCCUUAAUGUCUUUGCCACUAUGUCUCAAGUGUCUGUUUCAUGGAAGGAUUUCCCGCCAUCCGACAAUCAUCUGUUCAAGGCAUUCAUGUGCCCUGCAUCUCUCUGAAGUUCCAGGACUGUGGGUCCCCGCCCCCCACCGUGAGCUGUCCGUGGUUUUGUGUUACAGCCCCCGACAAUUUGUGGUGACAAAUUACCUUGAAGUUGAGGGUGAUACUAAUCCCUCUUUUUCCCCCUUUCAGUUUUCUUUCAUGUGAGGCGACGUCCCAAUCUCUGGUGGAUCCAAGCGGGUGACAGACCUAGAAAUUGGGGCCUUAUGGUACUUCACAGCACAGUCAUUUAUAGUACUUUGUAAUCAGCAUGGUUUUCCCUGUUCUCUCUCAGCUCCUCGCCACAGGAAAGUUCCCUCAUCCCCUGAAAGAAGCUAAGCCAUAUCCAACGCUGUCUGGUUAUCAUGGGGUUCCUUUUACAACUGCCUUAUAACUCGACAUUACCAAUAAAGUGAUCAUUCUAGUCCGUGUUUAUAAAUACACUUGUUCAGUCAUGUUCCUGACACGUGUGUUGAGUCAGCACAGCGCUGUGUGGGGAGCGUGGGGGAGGGAGUGAUUCCCGGUCGGGGAACGAUGGAGCCUGCCCACCGGCCCUGUGUGUAUCGUGAUGUGGGAGGUGGGAGCUAAGAAAAGAAUUCUCCCAGGAUGAGCUUCUGGCCCACAACAUCCCAGUAAUUAUUUUAAUUAGUUUUCGUUUGACAGGUUGGCAGGAAGGGCAUAGAGUGGGACAAAGAUAAAUCAGACAGUUGUUUUGGGAUUCUCAAGACUCAUCUGCUCUCUACAGUUUUUAAAGUCAGUUGGAAAUGACAUUUGUCUAGUGCACCCACAUGCUGUAUGUCUGCCUGGUGAUGCCAUCCGUGCUCCGAAGUAAUUCUGCCCCAAAACAAACAAGUCAAAUAGGGAAAAGCUGUUCUCUCACACAGCGAACAUUCUGGUGUCCCCAGACAGUAGUAACAAAAGCUUGCUCUCGUGUCAAUACUGUAAGGUGUGUGUGGGUCACGAGGACCUCGGAUGCUCCCGUGUUUUCGGCGGUCGGUCUGAACGUCGCGUGUAAACCAUGGCUGGGUUGCUAAAGUGCCUGCACAUCCUGAUGUGAGAAAAGCUUGAGAUGAAAGCUCAGCAUACCAUGUAUUAACAAAAAAGAAAAGAAAACAAACAAACAAAAAAGACAUGUACUGAUAUGCCUAUAUAUAUAUAUUUUUUUUUUUCUGGCACAUUGUAUUUUUAUGUCCACUUGUUUUUAGAAAAUAUGUCAAGUGUCCACACGUACCUAUUGUCUCUUUUGCAUUUCUGUGUAACGGUUCUAUGUGUUCCUAAUGUGUGGCGAUACUCAACGGUGUUACCUAUGUCAGCACGGUGACCUUGGAUGACAGUGGCUCUUUCUCACAGCCUUCCCUGAGCUGUGAGAAACAGCUUUCCCUGUACAUAUGAGACUUCUAAUAAAAGGCAUAUUUCUUCCUGUU